UACUCUUCUUCGGUAUUCAUUAGUCUCAUCAAAUAGAAAACAAACCUACGCUACGUCUAUUUUCUCUCUAGUGAAUUUCUCCAUCUUAUUAUGGGGACAGAUAUAGAACAAAGCCAAAAGGCAGGGUAUGCAACAAAAGACUAUCACAGUCCACCACCGGAACCAUUUUUGGGUAUUGAAGAAUUAACGAAAUGGUCAUUUUACAGAGCUAUAAUUGCUGAGUUUGUUGCUACUCUUUUGUUUCUUUACAUUAUAGUUUCCACUAUUAUUGGUUACAAAAGCCAAAUUGCUGGCGGUGAUGAUUGUGGCGGUGUCGGCGUCCUUGGUAUUGCAUGGGCUGUUGGUGGCAUGAUCUUUGUUCUUGUUUACUGCACCGCCGGUAUCUCUGGGGGACACAUUAACCCAGCGGUGACGUUUGGGUUGUUCUUAGCAAGGAAAGUAUCACUAAUUAGAGCUGUAUUGUACAUGAUAGCCCAGUGCUUGGGUGCAAUCUGCGGUGUUGCUUUAGUAAGAGCCUUUCAGGAAUCCUACUAUGUCAAAUUUGGUGGUGCUGCUAACGAAUUAAACCUUGGAUACAGCAAAGGCACGGGAUUAGCUGCUGAAAUCAUCGGUACAUUCGUUCUUGUUUACACCGUCUUCUCAGCAACUGAUCCAAAGAGAAGCGCCAGAGACUCCCAUAUCCCGGUACUGGCACCACUACCUAUUGGAUUUGCUGUGUUCCUAGUUCACCUUGCAACUAUCCCAAUUACUGGAACUGGUAUCAACCCGGCUAGGAGUUUGGGAGCUGCUGUUAUUUACAACAACGGCAAAGCUUGGGAUGAUCAGUGGAUUUUCUGGGUGGGACCAUUUAUAGGUGCUGCCAUUGCUGCAUUUUAUCACAAGUACAUUCUUGGAGCUGAAGUAGUUAAGGCUCUUGGGUCAUUCAGAAGCAGUAGCCACAUCUAACUUUCCCCAUGUUGUUGUUGACUUAUUAAGAAGAGAAGUAAUGGAGGAGUAUCACUUGAGAUAGUCCUAUCCUAUGGAACUGUAGAUAGAUUUACUUGGAGGAUAACGAGGAAAAAGAAAGGCUUUUAGUUUUUAUCUUACGAUCUCAUUUCUUCCUUGGUUUUUCGGUUUGUCUCUUUGGAUAUAUAGCUAUGCUGUGUGUUUCUUCUAUCAGUCUUUGAACUCUAGCUUUUAAUCUUAUCUCUGUUUCUUAGUUAUCUAAUUAUGAGGUUCAACUUUAACUAUAAACUCAAUAAAUUAUUAUGCUUACACAAUCAAUCUCAUCAGUUUACAAUUCAACACUCAACGACUUAUAAGAGCAAAGACACUGGAGAUGUGCAAACCACCACACUGGACUGGAGAGGGCAAAGUGGCAAACUGGAUGGGUAGAUGUUCAAAUUUGAGUCUCAAGUUGAUAUGAUUGCCCCUGUUUAGCUAUUAUCCUCUGUGGAGGAAAACUAUGUAACUUGAUCAUUUUCAGUUAAUAAAAAAUAAUGUUUGCUCAUCUGCGCGGAGU